AUGACAUUCAUGACUGCACGUGUCACCAGGAGGAGAAGACCGAGACCAGAGUCUACAAAACCCAGUAGUGUGUCUAUGAAGAGCAGCAGAUCCUUGAUGCAACCCCCUGUAUUUAGUGGUGGAACACUGACCUCUGACCCCAGGAGGAGAUCAGUGUCUCCAGACCCCACCGGUGUGUCUGUGAAGAGUGACAGGUCCUUGAUGCAACCCCCUGUAUUCAGUGAUGGAACCGUGACCUCUGACAUUUGGCAGGAAAGAACUGAAACUGUCCUACAGAGAGACACAUUAGAGACUGUAGAUCUGCAGACAGUCAAAGACCAGCACAAAACCAGCAUGAAGAACAAAUAUGAGAGAUUAUUUGAGGGAAUGGAACUCCAAAAGAAUGAAACCCUGCUGAACAGGAUCUACACACAGCUCUACAUCAUAGAGGGAGAGAGUGAAGGAGUGAAUGAAGAACAUGAGGUUUUACAGAUGGAGAAAACAGCCAGAACAAAACACUCACAAGAUACUCCAAUCUACUGCAAUGACAUCUUUAAAACUUCACCUGAAGCAGUAUGUGAAGAGAAAGACCAGAUCAAGACUGUUCUUACUUUAGGCAUCGCUGGAAUCGGAAAAACCGUCUCUGUGCAGAAGUUCAUUCUGGACUGGGCCGAGGGAAAAGCCAAUCAGGAUGUAGAUUUCAUGUUUGUGCUUCCAUUUCGAGAGCUGAACUUGAUCCGAGAUCAUCAGUACAGUCUUCACAGACUUCUGCUGGACUUUCAUCCUGAACUUCAAGAUCUGGACUCACAGAUUUAUGAGGAGUGUAAAGUUGUGUUCAUCUUUGAUGGUCUGGAUGAAAGCAGAAUCACACUGAUGUUUUCAGAAGCUCAGAAAGUUUGUGAUGUGACUGAGAAUUCAUCAGUGGCGGUGUUGAUGUCAAACCUCAUGAAAGGAGAGCU